AUGACACAACAAAAGAAGACAAUCGCCGUCGUCAACGCGACAGGCCGCCAAGCCGCCUCCCUCAUCCGCGUCGCUUCUGCCGUUGGACACCAUGUACGUGCGCAGGUCCAUUCGCUCAAGGGCCUCAUCGCAGACGAGCUCCAGGCUAUCCCGAAUGUCACACUCAUCCAGGGCCCGCUGCUGAACAAUGUCCCGCUCAUGGACACCCUGUUCCAGGGAGCAAACAUCGCGUUCAUCAACACAACGUCGCAAGCCGGCGACGAGAUUGCCAUUGGGAAGGCGCUGGCCGAUGCCGCCAAGCGAGCGGGCACAAUCACACACUACAUCUACAGCAGCAUGCCUGACCACUCGCUCUACGGCCCGUACCCCGCCGUGCCCCAAUGGGCUCCCAAAUUCACAGUGGAGAACUACAUCCGGCAGCUGGGCCUCCCGUCGACUUUUGUGUACGCCGGUAUCUACAACAACAACUUUACGAGUCUACCAUACCCGCUGUUCCAGAUGGAGCUCAUGCCGGAUGGCAGUUUCGAAUGGCAUGCGCCUUUUGACCCGGACAUUCCGCUACCGUGGCUAGACGCGGAGCACGAUGUUGGUCCGGCGUUGCUGCAGAUCUUCAAGGAUGGGCCUCAGAAGUGGAACGGCCAUCGGAUCGCUCUCACAUUCGAAACGUUAUCGCCAGUACAAGUAUGCAACGCCUUUUCGCGCGCGCUCAACCGCCGAGUAAAGUACGUGCACACACCCAAGAUCGAAAUCAAAGUCAACAUCCCGCCUGGAUACCGGGAACAGCUCGAAGCCAUUGAGAUUGUCUUUGGCCACUACAAGGCACCUUACUUCCCUCAGCCCGAAUUCUCCCGUCCGGCCGCAGGAUCACCAAAGGGGUUAGGCCCGGCCAAUGGCAAGGGCGCCGGUGCGGGAAUGAUGCAAGGACCCGGAGGGGUAAUCUCUCAGCGUGUCACGGACGAGGCCCGGAAGCUGUGGCAGGGCUGGCGCGACAUGGAAGAGUACGCAUGCGAGGUGUUCCCCGUGGAAGAAGAAGCCAACGGGCUAGACUGGAUGCUGUGA